AUGUCUGAUGAAGAGUAUAACGAGUAUAGCGAACCUAACUAUGAUGAGGAAUACCUUGAAAACAACGAUUAUGCGUAUGAUGAAGAGCAGGAUGACAACGAGUAUGCGCCUUCCAAUCACCAAGACAUCAACGAAUAUCGUGAAAACAAUGACUACACUCAUGGCUACUAUCAGAAUCCCUCUGAUGCUGGUGAUCGCGAUGAUAAUCAACAAAAUGACAAUAUUUGGGAGCAUGAAAAUGCGAAUGUAGAGGAUUACCCUGGUGAAGAACAUGACGAUCGCAGUGGUGAUUACGAAUACCAAAGAGAUGAGAGAAAUAAUUCUGAAACUAAUGAUUAUUCUGAUGUUAGUGACUCUUAUCAGGAGAAUGAUCAGGAAGAAGUUAUGGAAAAUUCCAAUCAAGUGAGGACGGAAGAUAUUCCUACGGGAGGAUCAGAGAUACAGGGUCUUUUCUCUGGCUUCGGAGGUAAUUCUUUCGGUGAUAUCGUAGGAUCAAUCGGAGGACUGAGCAAUGAAGGAGGAAUGCUCUCCAAUCUCUUAAGCUCAAACGGUGGUAUGGAAACAAUGGUGCAAAACAUGGUUGCUUCUGCUGCUCAUCGGUUUUUGAACAUCGACCCUGUUACCGGGGCCAUAAUCGGAUCAGUUAUCGGAAACAUUAUGUUCAAUUUGGGUGGUCAGGGCAAUAGUUUGAGUAGCAUUGGAAAAGUCGUUCUGGAUAACAUAAUUAGCGGAAAGUUCAGAAGAGAUAUCAAACCAUACACUCCCGUGUUUCCUACACAUGUUCCGAGGCAAUCUUUCGGGUUGAACUUUGAAACCGAGAGGCAGCGCUGUUUGAAUGAACGGCGUCUUUUUGAAGAUCCAGAAUUUCCUGCCGUCUUUUCUAGUAUCUGGUACAAACAAGAAAGCUAUGAUAAUUCUGUCACAUGGUUGAGACCAGGCGAAAUAACGGAAAAUCCACAGUUAAUAGUUGGAGAGAAGUCUCGUUUUGAUGUAAAACAGGGAGAGCUGGGUGAUUGCUGGCUCCUGGCUGCUGCAGCUAAUCUAACUUUGAGAGAUGAAAUGUUCUAUAGAGUAGUUCCACCAAAUCAAUCGUUCACGGAGAACUACGCCGGCAUCUUUCAUUUUCAAUUUUGGAGAUAUGGCACCUGGAUCGAUAUUGUGAUAGAUGAUCGGCUUCCCUGUAGAAAUGGAAAACUUAUCUAUAUGCAUUCAGAAAAUUUAAACGAGUUUUGGAGUGCUCUCUUAGAAAAAGCUUAUGCCAAACUCUACGGGUCUUAUGAACACCUGGAUGGUGGUACUAUCGUAGAGGCUUUGGAAGAUUUUACUGGCGGCCUAACAGAAUCUAUGGCUUUGGACAAAACCGAUAAGACAGUUGUUCUUGCUAUGAUUGUUCGAGGAAUCCAAAUGGGUUCCCUGUUUGGUUGUAGUAUUCAUGCAAAAGAGAAUGAGAAAGAAGCUAAACUGGACAAUGGACUUGUUUGUGGACAUGCCUAUAGCAUAACAUCAAUCAAAGUUUUGAAAAGCUGCAGAAAUCUCGUGAUAAUACGGUUACGCAACCCGUGGGGCAAUAGUAAGGAAUGGAACGGACCUUGGUCUGAUGGUUCUAACGAUUGGGAUACUAUUUCAAACGAUGAAAAACAUGAGCUAAACUUAGCGUUCCAAAAUGAUGGAGAGUUUUGGAUGUCAUUCGAUGAUUUCAUGUUGAACUUUGAUGAGGUAGAAGUGUGCAAUUUAUCUGCCGACGUUAUGAAUGAAAUAGCUGAAAUGACUGGAGUUAAUCUCGACUCGUCUACUGUCAAAAUGGAAACAUGGGGAGAAAAAGCAGAGGAAGGUGAAUGGAGUGUACAGCAAGGAACAGCCGGAGGUUGCAUGAACUACCCAGAAUCUUAUGUUCUGAAUCCACAAUUCGCUUCAUAUUUCGAAAUAACUCAUGAAUCAUUGGAAGCUGACGGCAAGUGCACUGUCAUCAUAGCUGUUCUUCAAAAAUUCCGAAGAGAAAUGAGAAGCUGUGGCGAGGAUAACCUACCGAUUGGACUUUCUGUAUAUAAAGUCGAUGAUAUGUACAGUGAGAACUCUUCUAUUACAAAAGACUUUUUCUUUUCUCACCGGCCCGAGGCUAAGACUAGAACUUAUAUUAAUCAGAGAGAAAUGACUCUUCGUACCCAGCUGACGCCUGGCAAAUAUAUUAUUGUUCCAUCAACUUUCGAACCUCAUCAAGAUGGCCAUUUUCUGCUACGUAUUUUUGCUAAUUCUCCAGUUCAAACUACGAGAUUGAGAUGA